CUGCUCGUACAGAGUUUCAGUUCCUUCGAUCUACCUGAAGGCGUGCUUGUGAACUCGCUGAUCCUGCAGACAAUUUCAAUAACACAUUUGGAGGGCUGAUUCCCUUGCAAUCUGAAGCUAUAUCACAACCGAUAAUUGCAGCCUUUACUGAGUUGGAUCAAGGUUCACAUAUCAGAAUGUCUUCUGCUUCCCUAAUUUCCGCUGUACUGCUAGUGGCGCUUCUUAUGAUGACAAACCUAUUUGCUUCGAAGCAUGCAGCCCCGAUACCUCGCCAUAACGACACAGGAGGCUCCCUGGAAGAGAUGCAAGAACAACUUGGAAAGCUUCAAUUGGAAGUCAAAAUUUCAAAGGAAAACGAGAGAGCAGGAAUAUCCAAGAACUGUGCCGAGUUGUACACAUCCGGUAUAAGAGUCAGCGACGUCUAUACAAUCGACCCUGACGGUUCAGGUGCUUUUGAUGUAUACUGUGACCAAACAACAACUGGUGGGGGGUGGACAGUAUUUCAAAGGAGACUCGAUGGCUCUGAUGAUUUCAACCGCACCUGGGAUGACUACAAACAUGGCUUUGGCAACUGCCUUAAAGGAGAUUUUUGGCUGGGAUUUGACAAGAUCCGUCGUCUGACGAGAAAUGAAACAGAAAACAGACUUCGAGUGGACCUAGGAGUAACGGCUAACAAAUCCGUUCACGACGAAUAUGAGUGGUUUAGACUAGGAGACGAGAAAGCUAAGUACCAGUUGAGCCUUGGAAAUCUAUCAAGUAAGUCAAUCCUCUUAUUUUUCUUUAUUCGUUCGUCUUAA